GCGGUCCAGUUCACCACGCGAGACGCGCCGUGUAUAACGCGUACCGCACCCCCGCUCGUCAUUGUCCCUUCGAUCGCGAUCUAUUAUAUUUAUAAUAUUAUUGUAUCGCACGCGUCACACUCGUAAUAUUAAUAUAAGUACGCUCGGCGAGUGCGAAGACAACGAUGCGGUUAAACGCCACGCGACCAGGACCUUCGAGGCCAGUGUGAUCGGACGUGGUUGUUAUAAUUAUUAGUAUUUUUUUUCCCCCCGGUUCCGUUUUUUUCUCGACCCGAGUCAAUAAGAAUCCGCGGACAUGAAGGUGACCGGUGUCUUGUGUUUGUUGUUAAUGGCCCUGGACCCCGGGGUCCGGGGCGACGACCUGAACGAUCUGGGCGACAACGCCAGAUGCCCGUGGCUGUGCUCCUGCGAUCAGACUACGGCCGAUUGUUCCAGGAAAGGUCUGGACGAAGUGCCCAAGAACCUACCCUCCGAUAUCGAAAGACUAGACUUGCAAGGAAACAACAUUACGGUCAUAUCGUCUACUGACUUUGCCAACCUGACUAAUUUACGAGUCUUGCAAUUGUCGGACAAUCAAAUCCAUACGAUUGAGAAAGGAGCUUUCAAACAUCUCGGUCGAUUGGAACGACUACGAUUAAACGGCAACGAGCUCAGCGAAGUGCCCGAUUUGGUGUUCUACAACAACCUGCAGCUUUCUAGACUUGAUCUGAGCCAUAAUCGGUUGCUGUUCGUCGGGAAGAGCAUGUUGAAGGGUGCUCAAGCUUUAAGAACUUUGCUAAUGGACAAUAACCGUCUCCUGUGCAUUGACGAGCACGCAAUCAAAGGACUCAAAGACCUGGAAAUACUAACUCUAAACAACAACAACCUGACCACGCUGCCGUCGGGACUGUUUUCCGACCUUUACCGCCUGCGGAAUAUCCGGCUGUCCGAUAACAAGUUCCAGUGCGACUGUAAGCUCGAAUGGUUAUACCAGCAAUGGUUACCCAGGAUUCCUAGACUCGGAUCGUCGACACACUGCUACGGGCCAUCGAACAUGGCUGGUCUGCCGCUGGCCGAUAUGCACAAACACCACAUGCAGUGCGACGGUGAUUUCGACGGGGAAACGGUGGAAUGUGGUCCUGGCGUCGAAGACCAAAAGUCCUCGUGCCCGCAUCCGUGUUCGUGUGAAGAGGGGGGCAUCGUGAAUUGCAGGGAGAAGUCGUUGACCAAGGUGCCAACCAAAUUGCCGGAGGACAUCGUAGAACUGAGACUAGAACAAAAUCAAAUCACCGAAAUCCUCCCCAAAGCGUUCGUUAAAUACAAACGUCUGCGAAGAAUUGACCUCAGCAAAAACCAGAUAACAAAAAUAUCAGUGGAUGCCUUUCAGGGUCUGAAGUCUUUAACAUCUCUAAUGCUGUACGGCAACAAAAUAAAAGACUUGCCCGGUGGCGUGUUCCACGGCCUCACUUCGUUGCAACUGUUGCUUUUGAACGCAAACGAAAUAUCGUGUAUAAGAAGAGACGCUUUCAGAGAUUUACACAGCGUCAAUUUGCUGUCACUGUACGAUAACAAUAUAAAGUCUUUGGCAAAUGGAACGUUCGACUACAUGAGAAGUAUCCAAACUUUGCAUUUGGGUAGAAAUCCAUUUAGCUGCGACUGCAACUUGCGUUGGUUAUCAGAGUAUUUGCAUAAAAAUCCAAUAGAAACGUCCGCCGCUCGGUGCGAGUCGCCGAAAAAGUUGCAAAAACGAAGAAUAGAUGGCUUGAGUCAUGACAAAUUCAAGUGUCUAGAUGAUAAUAUGAAAUCUAAAACCACCGAUUGUUUCUCUGAUGUUCCAUGUCCAUCGAACUGUUCCUGCGAUGGUACGGUUGUCGAUUGUUCCGGAAGAUCGUUAACUGAAAUACCAAAAGACAUACCAAUUUACACCACCGAAUUACUUCUGAAUGACAACGAAAUCGGAAAAAUCAAGUCUGACGGUUUGUUUGGUCGGUUGCCUCAUUUACAAAAACUAGAAAUGAAAAGAAAUAUCAUUAGUAGCGUCGAAGCGAACGCUUUUGAAGGUGCCAUCAAAUUAUAUGAACUAAAUUUAUCCGAAAACAAAAUUCGACAAGUACACAACAAAAUGUUCAUCGGUCUUCACAAUCUCAAAAUGUUAACUUUGUUGAACAACGAGAUUACAUGCGUUAUGCCUGGAUCUUUCGAUUAUCUACCAGCCCUCCGCACCCUAAACUUGCAAAUGAACCCUUUCAAUUGCAAUUGUCAUCUGGCUUGGUUUGCCGAAUGGCUUAAAAAACACGGACUAAUUGCCGGAAGUCCCCGAUGCGCGGGGCCAGCUCGAGUGAUGGACGUCCCUAUUCACGAUUUACCUUCAUACGAAUUCAAAUGCUCCGGUGACAACGAUCAGGGUUGUCUUGGUGACAACUAUUGUCCUCCGAAGUGCACGUGCAUUGGAACCGUUGUCCGCUGUACGAGGGCGAAGCUAGUUGAGAUACCAAAAAAUAUUCCCGUUGAGACCUCGGAGUUAUAUUUGGACGUAAACGAAAUUACUUCGAUUAAAGUAGACAGACUCAAUCAUCUCAAAUCUCUCACUAGAUUGGAUUUAAGUAAUAACCAUUUAAUAGUUUUAUCAAACAACACGUUUUCACAGUUAUCAAAAUUAUCCACACUACUGUUAGGGUACAAUAAAUUACAAUGUCUGGAAAAAAAUUCACUAUCUGGCCUUAAAUCGUUGAGAAUCAUUUCGUUACAUGGAAAUAAUAUCUCAUUGAUACCGGAUGGUACAUUUUCCGGCCUCGACUCGAUUACUCAUUUAGGUAUCGGCUCCAACCCACUGUACUGCGAUUGCGGUCUACAGUGGUUAGCGGAAUGGAUAAAAAAAGAUUUCAUCGAGUCAGGUAUAGCCAGAUGUGCGGAACCCAAUUCCAUGAAGGACAAACUCCUACUGUCCACGCCGGUUUCGAGUUUCGUUUGCAAAGAACCGAUCGGCAAAGACAUUUUGUCCAAGUGUAACACGUGCUUCACCAACCCUUGUUCGAACGAAGGGUUCUGCGAGCCUUUACCCGAAAGACAGUACAAGUGCAGAUGCAACCCAGGAUAUCACGGCAAACAUUGCGAAAACAUGAUUGACGCGUGUUACGGUAAUCCGUGCAGGAACUCAGGAACUUGCAAACUGCUCGAAGAAGGCAGAUUCAGCUGCCAAUGCGCACCAGGUUUUACCGGAGACCGUUGCGAAACAAAUAUCGACGACUGUUUGACCAACAAAUGCGAAAACAAUUCGACUUGUGUUGACCUGAUUCAAGCGUACGAGUGUCGUUGCCUACCCGGAUACACGGGUGAUUAUUGUCAAACAAAAAUACAGUUCUGUUCCAAAGACUUCAAUCCGUGUCACAACGGAGCCAAGUGCGUCGACCACAUUACGCAUUACGCUUGCGAAUGUCCACUCGGUUUUUCGGGCGACAAUUGCACUGUAAACAACGACGACUGCCAAAACCAUAUGUGCCAGAACGGCGGUCUGUGCGUGGACGGCAUCAACGACUAUACGUGCAAAUGUGUAGGAGAAUAUACCGGAAAGUUCUGCGACAUUUCUCCAAGUGUCGCACUUAUGUACCCGCAAACUUCGCCCUGUCAACAUCACGAAUGCAAAAAUGGAAUAUGUUAUCAACCGAACGGUUCUACGAACGACUACUUAUGUAAAUGUGCUCCAGGGUACUCAGGAAAAAGGUGCGAAUAUCUGACCAGCUUGAGUUUUGUACAUAAUACUUCGUUCGUGGAAUUAGAGCCUUUGAGGACCAAACCCGAGGCCAAUGUGACUGUUGUGUUUACGACAACGCAAGAAAAUGGUAUUUUGUUGUACGACGGCCAUUCCGAACACUUGGCCGUUGAAUUAUUCAACGGACGUAUUAGAGUCAGUUACGACGUAGGGAAUUAUCCCGUUUCGACCAUGUACAGUUUUGAAAUGGUCGCAGACGGCAAACAGCACAUGGUUGAACUGUUGUCGAUUAGAAAAAAUUUCACACUGAGAGUCGACGGAGGCGUGGCUAGAUCGAUAAUCAACGAGGGGUCAAGAGAUUACUUGAGACUCACCUCGCCGUUAUACAUAGGUGGCACACCUCCAGAUCCCGGUGCCGAAGCCUUUAAUCAUUUUCAUUUAAGAAAUUUGACCAGUUUCAAUGGUUGCAUGAAAGAGCUUUGGGUGAACCACAAAUUAGUGGACUUUAUGAACGCGGCACGUCAACAAAAAGUGACGCCCGGCUGUUCCCUGCUCCAGGACGAAGAACAGAUGGUAGAAGAAGAAGGAGUCAAGUCUCCGAGUGUCGCCGAACAAGAACAGAGCUCGACUAUGGUAGAUGAGGAGCAGAUGGAACCACAAGAAGGUCCGAUAGAAGAAGACGAGGACGAAGAGGAUGACGAAGAUGAGGACGAAGAUGAAGAUCCUUGCUAUAAUAACCAGUGCCAUAAGGGCAGCAAGUGCGAGUCCAAAGGGAUCAAAGAAUACAUUUGCAAGUGUCAACCCGGUUGGUCGGGCAAAUACUGUACGCAAGGUCCCACGUGCAAGAAGAUACAGGUGCGUGAGUACUACACUGAGAACAACUGCCGGUCGAGGAAACCGCUGAAGAUGGCCAAGUGCGAGGGCGGCUGCGGGACGAGCUGCUGUCGGGCGCGCAAGACGAAGAAGCGGAAGGUCCGGUUGAUAUGCAACGACGGCACGCGUUACACCAAAGACAUCGAGAUCAUACGCAAGUGCGCGUGCGCAAAAAAAUGCUAUUGACUACCAGGCCCCUCCACAGCACCACCGACACCGCCGCCGCAGCCGACCACCACGCCGCGCACCGUCGUCGUGCUGCCCCACGUCUCCCGCGGGGUGGCCGUCGCCGACGCGAACCGCCGGCCGCGCCGCACCAGACACCGCCAGCAGCCGACGCACCGUCCACAGCGUCGCGCUUGGACCGAAGACGCGUUCGCGUACGUGACAGCGUACGCCGCCGUCUCCGUCACCGUCGAACUGUUGAUCGUCGUCAUCUGGUCGGUCAGCGUUUGUAUAUAUCUUCUUCUGCCGUAACCAACCCCUGCACCUUAGUAUUAUUAUUAUUAUUAUUAUUAUUAUAAUUAUUAUAAUUAUUAUUAUUAUUAUCGUCGUCGUCGUCAUUACUAUAUUAAUAUAUCCAAAGCUGGGCGAGUUCAUGAUUUUUUUUUACUACUUAAGAAAAUGUUAAAAGUUAAUGUACGAUUUGUUUAGUUUAUAACACUAGCAGUAUCAUUCUAUUUCUAGUAACUUCAUUAAAGGUUUUCGUCACUAAAAAAAAAAAAAAAAAACAUUUUUAAACAUAAAAAAGAUAUCGAUUAAAACGUAAUAAAAUAAAAUAAAAACUGACAACAAGUCUAUAAAAUUCAACUUAACUUUUUAAAUUGAAAAUUGAAUUUAUUGUUUUCACUUUAGUUAAACAAUUUUCGAGUUGAGUUGUAGUUGGAUUAACGGAUAACCAAAGGUAACUAGUUAAGUUUAAAAGUUUAAAUUAAAUGAACUUUUUAACUCGUUAACGCCCAGCCUUGAAUUUAUAUCAUAAUAUUAUAUUGUACCUAUCGUUGACCACUACAUUGUCAUUAGACCUAUAUACACUACAUCAGCGAUUUGUCGCUGACCCCGUAAUAUACUUUCAUCAUCUUAACUAUUUUUCGUUUUUUAUUUCAUUUACUAUUACUAUUAUUUUUUAAGUAAUUACCUACUAAUUAUAAUUUAACAUAUUAUAAUAUUAUUAUUAUUAUUAUUAUUAUUAUUAUUAUUUUUUUUUUACGUAAUUUAUUAACGAUGUAUUAUUAUAUAUACUUAAAAAAACCGUCUCUCUCGUUUUGACAACGAGAAACCAUUAUCAUUAUUAUAAUAUUAUUAUACUAUACCUAAUAUUUAUAUGAUAAUAGUAUUUUUUCGGUACGACGAUCUCCGUAUAUAUUUGUGCACUGUAGUACGUGUACUUUGUGCUUGCACUAGAUAUUCGGCUCUGCAGUACCUAUAUUAAUAUUAUACUCUCGCUUUAUGUGUACCUAUAAUGUAAACUGUAAAGUGAAUGCCAUUCGACGUCAAAAGUCAAAACACACUCUCUCACUCUCUAUAUGUUCGUGUACCUAUUACGCGGAAUUCUCUAUACCACGGUAUAAUACUCACCCUGCAGCUGUGUCCAUAUUAAUAUAUUUUAUGUUGUAUUAUAUUAUAUUAUUAUAUGUAGUCGAAAUUUAGUAGUGUUUAGUCGUUAAUAAUAAUAAUCGAGGAAUAAUAAUAUUAUUAUGUCUUAAGAAUCCUGUUUCUCAGUGUAAAUAUUUUAUAUAGAACGUAUAUAUUCAUAAUAUGUAUUCUCUGGUGCAUUGGUUAAAGCAAGAAGAAAUUUAUAUACAAUAACAAUACCGUAUAUAUAUAUAAUAUAUAUAUAUAUAUAACGUGUGUGUGCGUGUGUGAACGUUUCCGGAGCAGAAAAGGCACAUUCUUUUUUUAUGUUAUGUGCGGAGGGGCCUUUUUCAAUGUUUUUCCAUUUUAUUUUUAUACAUCAUCUUUUUGUAUAGUGUACAAGUGUAGAGUUCGUUAAAAAAAAUAAAUAUAUAUAUAUUAAAUAAAAAGUUUUAAAAUUUAAAAAAAAAUUAUAUAUAUAAAUGGAAUGACCGUUAUUGUGUUUGACCGCAUUUGGUUCUGUUUUGUGUAACAAUAAUAUUGAUAUAAUACUUUUUCCCUUUUAUGUACGAAAAAUAUUAGUAUAUAAUAAUAUAUACCUAUUAUAUAAAUAUUGUAUGUAAAUAUACCGGUGUUAAUUGUUUUUUUCCAGUCCAAUCUGUAUCGAAUCGAAGUAAACGAAAUUGUGUUUACCGUUCAGUAUGUAUAAUUGUAUUAGUGUAUUAGUAGGUGCCUAUAAAUGUAUAAAAAUCAAAAAUUAUAAUUCACAGCCCGCUUAUAGUAAUAUUUGUCAAAAUUAUAUAAUGAACAAAAAAUAUGAACGCACAAAACUUGUCGGAUGAUGGAAUUUUGGAAAAAAAAA